GGGACUUUGGGGUCAGGAAGUGCACCUUUGGGGGUCUUGGGCUUUUUCAAGGACUCCAGAAAGCCAUGCAGAGCCUUGAGCCAUGAAGGACUGCUCAGAUACCAUCCUGUGUGUGGAGUCAGCAGAACUGAGCAAGACUGAAUUCUGCAAUCCUGCUUUUGAGCCUGAAUCAGGGCCACCUUGCCCUCCACUGGCCUUUCGGGAGGAUGCCCGCUCUAGCAUCCGAGCUCCCUGGCAUGGUUGGCGCCCCCGAGGUCUGCAGCCAGACUGUCAUUUCUCCUGGCUGUGUGUCCUGCUGUUGGCCAGCUUGCUGCUCCUGCUGCUGGGGCUGCUGACAGCCAUCAUCCUGGCCCAGUUACAGGCCGCACUCCCAUUUGGGGCCUCCUCUCAUCCACUGCCUGCCAGAAGCCUCACCACCACUGGCACUCCCCCUACCAUGACCACUACCACAUCUCAGGCAACUGGGACAUCUAAAUGGCAGCAGGAAGCAGGCAUGAGACCCACACCCCAGUCUGCCUGUGGGGGCCUCCUUCCUGGACCAAGAGGCUUUUUCAACAGCCCCAGCUACCCAGACUUUUACCCACCCAAUGUCCACUGUGUGUGGAACAUCCAGGUGUCCACAAACCAUGCAAUACAGCUCAAGAUCGAAGUUCUCAGCAUAGAGAGUGUGGCCUCCUGUCUUUUUGAUCGUUUGGAAAUCUUCCCUGAGCCUGAAGGCCCCCUCCUCAGAGUGUGUGGGAGUGUGCCUCCACCUACACUCAACACCAAUGCCAGCCACCUCCGAGUGGCCUUCGUCUCUGACAGCAGUGUGCAAGGAUUUGGUUUCUAUGCCUGGUACCAGGCUGUGGCUCCUGGGCAUGGGAGCUGUGCCCAUAAUGAGUUUCCCUGUGACCAGCUCAUCUGCCUGCUACCUGACUCAGUGUGUGAUGGUUUUGCCAAUUGCGUUGAUGGCAGUGACGAGAACAACUGCAGUGCCCGGUCCUCAGGAUGUGGGGGAAACCUGACUGGGCUCCAGGGAAAUUUCUCUACUACUAGCUACCUGCAGGAAUACCCUCACCAAAAUCUUUGCACCUGGCAUAUCUCAGUUCCUGCUGGACAUGGCAUAGAACUACAGUUCCACAACUUCAGCCUGGAAACUCAAGGAGAGUGCAAGUUUGACUAUGUGGAGGUGUAUGAGACCAGCAACUCAGGGGCCCUUGGCCUCUUGGGCAGGUUCUGUGGAGCAGAGCUGCCCCCUCGCCUCAUCUCCUCGCAUCACCAACUGGCUGUACUCUUUAGGACAGGUCAUGGCAUCAGCAACAUGGGCUUCUCAGCCAUCUACCGGGCUCUCAAUGCCACAGAGAACCCCUGUGGACCCAGAGAAUCGUCUUGCCAAGAUGGAGGAUGUAAGAGCUUGCAGUGGAUGUGUGACACAUGGAGAGACUGCACAGACAGCAGUGAUGACAAGUGCAGCAGCCCCUUGUUUCCACCCCCAGAGAUGGCCUGUGAGCCCAUCCAAGUGGAGAUGUGCAUGGGGCUAAGCUACAACACCACAGCCUUCCCUAACAUCUGGGUUGGCAUGGCCACCCAGGAAGAGGUGAUGGAGGUCCUCAGAGGUUACAAGAGCCUGACAAGUCUACCCUGCUACCAGAAUUUCUGGAGACUCCUCUGCAGGCUGCUGGUGCCCCACUGCACCCCACUGGGCAGUAUUCUUCCUCCCUGCCGUUCUGUCUGCCAGGAGGCAGAGCGCCAGUGCCAGUCUGGUGUGGCACUGCUGGGCACCCCCUGGCCCUUCAACUGCAACAGGCUGCCUGAGGCAGCUGGCCUGGAGGCUUGUGCCCAGCCCUGA